GUUGUAUCUGAGUUCCAUUCCAGGUUCUCAGUUCCAGGUUCGAUUCGAUUAGGUAGGUAAACGCACAUCGCCAACAUUCGCGAAUACCUACAUAACCUACAUAACCUCCCCUACCCCUACCUCCCCGGGCAUCUCUCUCCAAGAAAGACGUCUUUGGAGAUAUUCCGGUCCUUUCUUUGUUCUCGCAACUUCCCUUCCCCUUUCUUUGCAAUACUACCUGGAUCUACGUAUCUUCUAGUCAGAUCAGAUUGAUCGUCCCUGUCUAAUACGAUCCCGAUUACAACUUACCUCCUCUUAGUCUCACCUCGCACAAAUCCCUCGUAAUCUUGGCUUAAAAGGCUAAAAAAAAAACCGGGCGAAUACAAGAAAUCGGUGACUUAUCAUAUCUUACUCAUUCCUGUGAAGAUUCUAUCAUCAUGUUUGACCUGAUUCCGAAGCUCCUCUCCUCUAUAGCAUCCUUCCUCUUUCCCCUCUUCGCCUCUUACAAAGCGCUCAAGACUUCCGACCCCACACAGCUGACACCAUGGUUGAUGUACUGGUCCGUCCUCUCCUGCGCCCUCCUCGUUGAGUCCUGGUUCGAGUUUAUCCUCUACUGGGUCCCUUUCUACUCGUAUAUGCGCCUCUUCUUCCUGCUCUACCUCGUUCUCCCCCAGACUCAGGGCGCUCGGGUGCUCUACGAGACGUAUCUCCACCCAUACCUCGAAGAUAAUGAGGCGGCUAUCGAAGAGUUCAUUGCCAGCUCUCACGAUAGGCUAAAAGCCGCGGGUAUAGCUUAUUUGAAGCGCGCUAUCGACUUGCUCCGCACUCAAAUCCUAGGCAUGCCACCACAAGAGGUGGAACCGGAAGAGACAAGGGCCUCUGCGGCACCACAGGGAUACACGCAGGCGUUGCUUGCUAGGUUCAGCGUGCCAGCCGCGCGGUGGGCUGCCAAUAACACUGGCGCCACGGGGCAGGAAUUCUUCAACCUACUGGCCAAUGCGGUCGGCACUGCUGCCGGUCCUAGAACUCCCGGAGGAUCAACAGUACCGGCUAGGGCCGAAACGCUGUCUGCUGCGAACCUAAUCCCCGGGGACUUUGCCGGCGCGGAGGAUAAAAUAACCUUCAUCACCGCGCAGAGGGAGAGGCUAGCACUCAUGAUGGGCGCGCUGGACAAGGAAGCCAAGCAACUACAGAUGUCCGAGGAGGAGCGCAAGAGGGCUGAGCAAGCGGGGAGAGUAGGUAGCAUGAGUCUAGACGGCCAGGAAGGGAUUUCACGACCACCUAGUGGCCACAGUGUGUGGAGUGGGCUGAGUAAAAGCCGGAGUGAAGUCGACUUCGAGAAGAUCGAUGCCGAAAGCGGCGCCGAGGACGACAACAACCUACGUAGAAGAGCCCCCAUGGGCGAAGAAAACCCGGCUGCUGGAAGAAGCGGUUGGGGCUUCCUGGGCUGGGGCACCGUUGGAACUGGAGAGCAGACCAACCAACCAGACACCGGGCACAGCUCUGGAGUCCAGAAGUAGGUAAAGCUACAUCUACGAUAUCAUAUUUGAUCGCGCGG